AUGUACGGUGCACCAGAUGCGUAUGCGUGCAGACUGCUAAUCGUGCUGAAGCCUAGAGCGGCCCGAGCCACAUUCCUAGAUCUACCAGGCGAGCUACGCAACCAAAUAUACGCCUACAGCAUCUACCCCGACCUAUCCUCCAUUUUCGUAGCAAACUGCACCAAGCCCGAACAUUUCGGCGCAACGAUUCUUCACCUCCCCAUCUUUCGUACGUGUCGCCAAAUCCGUGCUGAAACGCUUUCCUACCUGUGCGCAACACUUCAGCUUGGGUUUCUUGGCAUUCACAGUGCUGUCCUUUUUUUCUCUUUGGCGGGAAAAGCAGCGUCGGAGAUCAAGUCCCUUUUUCUGAUAGAGCCUCUGUGUAUCGGAGAAGAGUAUACGGAGAGCAAGGAGACAGUGGAGCAGUUCCUUCGUGCGCUUGAGGCUAUGAGAGAACUGUCCGAGAUUCAGGUAAACAAUAUCGGACGCUUGACGCCGCCCGAUCAAAAAACCUGGUUUUGGAAGUUCACCAAGAGACUCGAGAAACUACAGGAGAGACGAGAGAAUCUGCGUUUCCGGAGCGCAUGGCCGGAUGGAUAA